UAGUUAUCCUUCUUGGGAUCUUUACGUCGAUAGAGUCACGCCCUAACCCUAGAACCCAGUCGCCUUGAUUUGACAGGUACUCGUUUUAAUACAGUACUUGUUUUUUUCAGUUUUUCCCCAUCCGUUUGGUUGCUAAGAGAGCCCCAUUAUGGACUUGGGAAAGUCGUCGAAGACGUAAUCGAACGAAUCAUCAUCGUCUGGAAUUGGUUUGGUUGACGCCAGUUGAUUUCAUUCUCAGGUAAUCUCUUGAAAGAGCAUCGGUGAAAUAAAUCAGAAUGGAUUCACAAAUUCGGAGGGGCUUAGAAGAUAGGAUUAGCAAGUUACCAGAUGCCAUACUGUGUCACAUACUUUCGUUCAUGCCGACAAAAUAUGCGGUGUUAACUAGCGUCCUGUCAAAAAGAUGGCAGUACCUUUGGACUUGUGUAAAUACCCUUGAUUUGGACAAUUCUCUACUUUUUCACGAACCCGAUGAUGGCAGCUCAGCCGAACUUGAAUUAUUAAGCUUUACGGAAUUCGUGAAUAUGGUAUUGUCUUGGUCGGAAGUGUUGUGUUUGAAAAGAUUCUGUCUUAGGCUCGAGUCAUUCUGUGUUCUGGACCAUGUCGACUCGUGGAUCUGUGCUGUAACUAAGCGCAAUGUUCAAAAGGUGGAGCUCCACUAUGGUGAAUACUACAAACGGUUUCCUGUCGUGCUGCCUCAGGCGAUUUUCACUAGCAAGACACUGAUGGAUCUUACGCUAGAUGGCCCGAUUUUGCUGGUAGUCGACGCUUCAGUUUGGCUUCCUAGUCUUAAGACUCUUAACCUGGUGGACCUUCUAUAUGAAAAUAACGACUCACUUCAAAAGCUUUUCUCUAAAUGCCCAAUUCUCGAAGAAUUGUGUAUCUCCAGGUGUCGUUCGGUUACUGGAGGGGAGUUGAAUGUUUCUGUUUCCACAUUGAGACGCCUGACCAUAACCCGUUUCGGAGAUGGGAUUCACGACCAUUUAACCAAGCUUGUAGUUAAUGCUCCAAAACUAGAACACAUUCAUCUUUCAGAUUAUGUGACGCGGGAGUUCUUGUUGGAAAACCUACCAUCCCUGUUGAGGGCAUGUCUUGUUAUUGGAGGGGACUGCUCAAGGCCUCUCAUACCAAUGCCUAACAGAUUGACCAUCUAUGAUGGCUGCAUAUCUAUGCUUCUCACGGGGAUUGUGAAUGUUAAGUCUCUCGACUUUUUCAGUGAGCUAAGUGAUUAUCACCUGCCUACUUUCCCUAAUAUGACCCAUCUGAGGCUUGGUGGCAGAAAUGGCGGCUGGAAUUUGAAAUUGCUAAAUGAGUUUCUCGAGUGCGCACCUAAUCUCCAAGUUCUUACUCUUGAGGAAAAUAGAGUCCCUGGUUCAGCCAAAUGUUGGACUCCACCUACACGAGUGCCGUGUUGUUUGUUAUCGCAUCUGGAGGAAAUUAGGAUCCUGAAAUUUGAUGGGGACGGAUAUGAUCUUGUAGUUAUAGUAUACUUGCUAGAAAGUGCUCAAGUUCUGAAGAAGUUGACAAUUGAUUGUCAAAACUCAACUAGGUUCUUUCGUGAUAGAAUAGCAGAAUUUCCAAGGGGCUCAAAGACAUGUCAACUUAGUUUCCUAGUAUAAAUUGGUCAAUGGUUCUCCUGCUGUUGUAGCUAUGUUUUCCAAUUUAUCCUCUUCUUCCAAGGGCUUCCGUAUGUAUCCAUCUCUAUGGUUUAUGUACUAUGUGUAUAGGUAUGUUGUUGUGCAGUUUACUUGUUUGCUUUAGACAUACUGUAAUUAAUUUCAAUAUUGCGUUGCCAUUAUGUUCCACGAUACUACUCUUUUUCAAUUGGUAUUCUGUAAUGAGAAAGUUUGAAAGUUUUUCA